AUGCAAGCUCCAGCUGUCCUGGAAAAUACUGUCAUGCAUAUGGAAGCGUCACCGGAAAAAAACCGACCCGAUCACAACACUGAGAGCGGGCUAUGUUUCGUAACUGUCCUUGAACGCUUCGUGAAAUCAGCAACAGUUUUGGAAGAAACAGUUUUGUUUCCAAGCGUCUUGAUGGAUUUAUCUGUGAACGCACUUGAAGCAAAAAUAAAUCCAAAUGAAAUAUAUUUAUAUAAAGAAAUGGACUUGAGGACGUUUUGCCGUAUGGUUAAAUCGUUGAGAAUUCAACUUUUGCAAGGUUGUAGCUUCAUUGAAGAAGGAUUGGAGGAAAAUAAGCAAAUAAGAAACAAAGUGGAAGAACUGUGCUUGCAAUUGAAAACCUUAACUCAACAUGCUAAGUAUCUCAGGUAUGCUUCAGAGGAAAUAGCUUUCUCAAAAAAACCAGUUUCUUUCCAGGAAUACACUGUGCAAACGUGUGAACGUAUGCUUCUUUGCGAGGAUCACUCAACUUGUAACUUGCGUGACACUCUGAAAAUGUUUCUAAACGCGGUUGAAGAAAUGGAGAAGGAAACAUUGUUUCCGUGCCUUUUGAAAUCCUUCAGAACACUUGAUUACGGUUGUAGCAUGAACUCAGAACAGAAUUUAAACGAUUUGUUUGUAAGGUUACUUCAGGUAAGAAGCGUGUUGCUGGCGGCUUCUUAUUGUGAGAAUUUUGAUGAAUCCGCUUUCUGUCAAAUUGUGACCAAGCUGAAAAACAUUUUUAACUUCUAUGCCGUUAUGGUGGAGGAAAUUAUGGUCAUGUAUCGGCGGAAAGUCCACGAAGAUUAUUGA